CUAAUCAAUCAGAUUCAAAACAUAAAUAUGGGUGUUUUUUUGUUGCUCACUCAAAAAAAGUCUCUCUUAAACUAAACUUGGAGUAGUCUGUUUCGUCAGACUCUCUCUCUCUCUCUCUCUUUCCGACACCGAACACUGCCAAACAAAAAGACAGUGCUCUCACGCACUCUCUUUUUCUUUUUCUUUUUAUUCUUCUUUACUCUUUCUUCUCUUUUAGUUUUUCCCAUUUCCUUCCUUUUUAUUUUCAUUCUCUCCAAACAAAAACUAUUACUAUUUCAAUUUAAAAAUAUACAGAGAAAGAAAGAAAGAAAGAAAGAAAAUUUGUAUGUUGUUCAACCACUUUUACUUCUGUUUCAACUGCUGCUUGAAAAUGUUCAACCAAUUAUGAAGUUUUCUAUGAGAGAGUUAGUGGCUUUGUUUGUUGCUGAAGCCAUGAGCUAGUUUCAGCUAACUGGAUCUGAAACUAGAGCUCAGCUACUUCAUAGUUCAUAGACUCAAGACUCUCUCCGCAAAUGCCGUUGGAUUUGGCCACCCAAAUUAUGCUGUGAUUCUGACCCAUUACCGUGUCUCUCACGGGAGCUUAGCUGUCAACACUUUACUGUAUGAAAAAUAGCUAGCUAAAGCUCCUGUUCUCUCAUGUUUUCUUCAGGAAAUUAUCAAGGCCUCCAAAGGUUACAUUUUCAUUGCUACAGUCCCUUUGUCAAACAACUCCCCAUGAGGUUCUGCCAUACUUCUGCACUUACCUCCCUCUUUAUCAUAAUCACUCUUCUACCCCCGGCUAUUUCUGACCUGAACUCAGAUAGGCAAGCACUUCUUAACUUUGCUGCUGUUCCCCAUCGACGUAAGCUCAACUGGAACCUUGCUACCCCAGUCUGCACUUGGGUAGGUGUCUCUUGCACACCAGAUCGCACCCGUGUGCUUAAGCUCCGGCUCCCUGGGGUUGGACUUGUGGGCAGCAUCCCACCAAACACCCUAAGUAAGCUUGAUGCCCUUAAGACUCUCAGCCUUCGAUCUAACCUUCUCAGUGGUAAUCUUUCUUCUGAUAUUACCUCCCUUCCUUCACUCCAGUACCUAUACCUCCAACGUAAUAAUUUCUCUGGUGAGAUUCCUACCUCCUUUUCCGCUCAGCUCAUUGUGUUGGAUCUAUCAUUCAAUUCCUUUUCUGGUAACAUUCCACAAACAAUAAAAAAUUUGACUCAACUUACAGGAUUGAGCCUUCAAAACAACACCCUUUCUGGACCCAUACCUGCAAUUGAUCUCCCUAGGCUCAAACGUUUGAAUUUAAGCUACAAUCAUCUUAAUGGCUCCAUUCCAUUACCACUUCAAAAGUACUCUAAUUCAACCUUUGUGGGAAACUCUCUCUUAUGUGGACCACCUCUAAAAGCUUGCUUUACCCCACCACCUUCUCCAUCUCCUACCUUCAAUCCACCCUCACCAUUGGGUCCUUCAAAUAAAAGCUCCAAAAAGAAACUGUCCCUGGGAGCUAUAAUUGCAAUUGCAGUCGGAGGGUUUGUGCUGCUGUCAUUGUUAGCUCUAGUUAUUAUUUUUUGCUGUCUAAAGAAGAAAGAUAGUGAAGGCACUGGCGUAUCGAAAGGAAAAGCUUCAAGUGGAGGGAGGAGUGAGAAGCCUAAAGAGGAAUUUGGGAGUGGGGUGCAGGAACCUGAGAAAAACAAGCUUGUUUUCUUUGAAGGUUGUUCUUAUAACUUUGAUCUUGAGGAUCUGUUGAGGGCUUCAGCUGAAGUGUUGGGAAAGGGUAGUUAUGGCACAGCAUAUAAGGCAGUUUUGGAGGAGGCAACAACAGUGGUGGUGAAAAGGUUGAAGGAAGUGGUGGUUGGAAAAAGGGACUUUGAACAGCAGAUGGAAAUUGUGGGUAGGGUUGCACACCACCCAAAUGUUCUGCCGCUCCGAGCUUAUUAUUAUUCAAAAGAUGAGAAGCUCCUUGUCUAUGACUAUGUCACUGGUGGCAGCUUAUCUACACUAUUGCAUGGAAACAGGGCAGCUGGAAGGACUCCAUUGGACUGGGACACCAGAGUAAAGAUCUCCCUUGGAACUGCAAGAGGAAUUGCCCACAUCCAUUCCAUGGGUGGUCCGAAAUUCACUCAUGGAAAUAUCAAGUCCUCAAAUGUCCUCCUCAACCAGGAUCUUGAAGGAUCCAUUUCCGAUUUUGGCCUAACCCCUCUUAUGAAUGUUCCUGCCACUCCUUCACGGAGUGCAGGUUAUCGUGCUCCCGAGGUGAUUGAAACCCGUAAGCACACUCAUAAAUCAGAUGUGUACAGCUUCGGCGUCCUCCUCCUUGAGAUGCUGACUGGAAAAGCUCCUCUCCAAUCACCGGGACGUGAUGAUUUGGUUGAUCUCCCAAGAUGGGUCCAGUCUGUUGUUAGGGAGGAAUGGACAGCCGAGGUUUUUGAUGUUGAGUUGAUGAGGUACCAAAACAUUGAAGAAGAAAUGGUGCAGAUGUUGCAAAUUGCCAUGUCCUGUGUGGCAAAGGUGCCAGACUUGAGACCUACCAUGGAUGAAGUUGUUAGAAUGAUUGAAGAAAUCCGGCAAUCAGACUCAGAGAACCGGCCAUCUUCUGAAGAGAACAAAUCCAAGGACUCAAAUGUGCAGACUCCAUGAUUGCCUAAAACCAUUGUUGGUGUAUGCUUGCCAAGUUUCAAGUUACAAUUGUGAAGAGUUCAUCUAAUGCAGAAUUGAACAUUUUUGUACAUGCCUAGUGAGGUUUUCCCCCCAAGUGUUAUUAAAACCUUUCUUGCAUGUAUGACUUGGUACAGUGUGAAUCUUUCCAGUUGUGCCAUUUUUCUUAGUCAUUGAGUUCUUACUCUCAUUUUAGUUUGGGUUUUUCAAUUCAUGAUUUGUUGUAAUAUUUUAUUUUUAAACAUUGUGAAUUAAUUAAUUAAUGAUCUUCAAUCAGGGAACUUUCCUGUGA